AUGUCCGGCUCCAAUUCGAAAGAGUCGGACGUCCCCGAACCCACGGCGCCGCUUUAUGUUAUUAAACAGACAAGCGAUCACACCAUGCUGGGCUCGUUAUACGACUACGUCGCACAGAAGAUGCAUCAGGACAUUCGACUUAAGGACUGGUCGACAAUAAUAGUUCGUGGGGACUACUCAAGGGACCCCCCGGCUCGACUAUCAGACGUCGAGAAAAGUCACAAGAUGUUCAACUGGCACCGGCCCACCACAACCGUACUAGGUCCCGACACCAUUGCAGUCAAUUGCUUCCCGGGAAUCGACUAUGUCGAGCACUAUGCAAGCCUCGUAGCGACAUUCCUGGCUCUUAAGGGCAGGGGCCCAGGGGUAGUUAGUUGUGAGCGGCCGCUGGCAAAUCGAUGCAGCGAACUGUUCUUGGCCUCGAACCUGCGCGGCAUGGGACAAGCAGACGUGGUCAUCAUAGGCUAUGCUUAUCGGCUUCAGUCAACCCGUGGCAAGGAGUGGCUAUGUAGCGAUGAUGGCGAAGACUUGUUAUUCUCCUGGCAGAAGCGGACUCUGCCAAAUGGCAAGACAGUGGCAUAUCUGGGGUGCAUGCCCAGCUUCUGGGGGGAUAUCGGCGGCCACCUCGUCCGUGCUCUGCAGCACUUCAGCCAAGUCAAAUGCCUGCUUUACCUGGGGAAGUCCGGCUCUCUCCGGCCGGAGUUGACCCCGAACGAGUGGUUGGUCACCGGAGAAAAAAGCUACGUUGGUGAAGAGCUGGUUACGUGGCAGAACGUUCUCGGACCGGAAGCUGCGGCAUCAGAAACGGGGUUGGUGACGGGUACCAUUGUGACGGUCCCCUCACCCCUUUGCGAGUCAUUUGACUGGCUGGAGAGGUGGUACUCCAAGAGCAACCGGAACGGAAAAGCCUGCUGGGUAGACUGCGAGGUGGGACACAUGGCUCGGGCAUGCAGGGAAGGCAACACUGGUUUUGGAUAUCUACACAUCAUCUCGGACAAUGUGUCCAGGCGAUGCGACGAGAACUUGGCAAAUGAAUUCGCAGAUGCGGUUGCCACCAAGAGACAGAGACUGUUCGACCAAGUCGAGACUAUCCUGGAAGCCUAUCCCAGCCGCUUCAUCUGUGGCAGCACCAACCGAUCUCCCAGCCACGUGAGGACCUUCCGCAUCGUCCCGCUGAAGAAGCCUGAUUCCGGACGGAAGUACCUCGCCGGCGGCACCGCCCCAGCCUCCUCACAUUUGGCAUGGAUGCAAUAUGUUUCGCUCUUCCUCCAUUAGCAGCACAUUGCCCCCUUGCAGGACUGGCGUUCAAGUCCAUUUUUGAAGGAAGUAGCGAAUUCGGGAACGAUAGAACCAUGGAUAUUCUGUUUCUGAAGUGGCAGCAUGAAACUACAAGACCAUUAAAUGCGGACCGACACAUCAGGUAGGCACUCAGUUGGUAAAAGCGCCACCAAGUUGCGCCAUCGAGUUGCGCCAUUGUGACUCGACAUUCGUGUGCCUUGGACCCUGGGGUGCUUAUUCCCGGUGUGUCCUUCAGGGGAAAAUACCGCAUCUGUGUGAUGCUGGAUGUAGCUGCGUUCUUGGACUCCAGAAAUCUCUGAGAUGAUGGGCUGAUAUUUGCGUUGUUUGGGAGAGGGAGCAGGGGUGUUAUGAGCUAGAGCUUGUGCCCAGUGUAG